GAGUUUCCACUUCGUAAUGCAACGGAUAGCAGCCCGCCGUGGUAUACAACCCCUUUCAGCAAUCCUACGCUGUCCAUUCCAUACAUCUGGACGUCUUCCUUCGCAAGUAUCGCCUCCACGUUCAUCCGCGGCGAGUCUACGGGCGUGGCAAAUAUCAUUGAAGCGGCCAUGGGCUUUCGCAUUAUCUGUGUGCGGGCCACGCUUCAUGACCACGGAGGCCGCACGCGUGCCAGAGACGUCUCAGGGCACUCAGGAUGCAUUGGAUAGGACUGAGGAAGGCAUUGUAGCCAGCUUAUCCGUGUCAGAUGCUGCUGCAAAGCAACUACAUGCAAUAAAUCGAAAGGCGAAUACAAAUAAUAUGCUGCGGAUUACAGUAGAAUCGGGCGGGUGUCAUGGGUUUCAAUACAAGAUGGAGCUUACAACACAAAUGGAGGAUGAUGAUGUCGUGUUUGAGAAUGAUGGAGCGAAGGUCGUGGUGGACACAAUAUCUUUGGACCUCAUCAAUGGAUCAACAUUGGACUAUGUGGAGGAAUUGAUCGGAUCAAGUUUCCAAGUUGUGAACAAUCCCAAAGCGGAGUCGUCAUGUGGCUGCAAGACAUCGUUUAAUGUCAAGCUCUAACCUGCAUACUCGCAAAAUAUCUAUAGACUUUGUUUGGGGAAACGGGCAAGUGGAGCAAGUGCUGUAUUUCAAGCUAUCAUGUAUUAUACGAAUCAUUAAGUCUGAGCCUGCUAAAUGCUCCAUUGUGAUGUUGGC